GCGGCAGCAUGGGGAAGCAGAAGAAGGCGCGGAAGUACGCGGUCAUGAAGCGGAUGAUCAGUCUCCGGGACGAGCGCAUUAACGAGAAGGAGCGGAAGAAAGCCCCCGUGAAGAAGAAGGAGGACCCGAGCGCCAUCAAGGAACGGGAAGUCCCCCAGCAUCCCUCAUGCUUGUUCUUCCAGUAUAAUACACAGUUGGGGCCCCCUUAUCACAUCCUGGUUGACACUAAUUUCAUCAAUUUCUCCAUCAAGGCCAAGCUGGACCUAGUUCAGUCAAUGAUGGACUGUCUUUAUGCCAAGUGUAUUCCAUGUAUCACAGAUUGUGUAAUGGGUGAAAUUGAGAAGUUAGGACAAAAGUACCGUGUGGCAUUAAGAAUUGCCAAGGACCCUCGCUUUGAACGCUUGCCGUGUAUGCACAAAGGAACCUAUGCAGAUGACUGCUUGGUGCAAAGAGUCACUCAGCACAAAUGUUACAUUGUGGCAACAGUGGAUAAAGAGCUCAAGCGGAGAAUACGAAAAAUCCCAGGAGUGCCUAUAAUGUAUAUUUCCAGGCACAGAUACAAUAUUGAGAGGAUGCCAGAUGAUUAUGGAGCUCCUCGAUUCUAACCUGUCCAGCCAAGCCAUCAAUGCCAGGACUCUGAGCCAGGAUAAGGCUCUUUCUGGUUCCAACCCUCUGCUCAUAGGACUGGGGGUGACAUGGACUGGCUUUCAUACCUGUGGUCUUCUAAGGAAAAGAUACUUGGAACAGUCUUUUUAUUCAUCCUCAUUCUGACUUGGCCUGAUUACCUAUAGUUUUGAGAAGCAUAUAGGAAAAAGAAGAUGGCAGUGCCCAGAACAUGCCUCACUCCCUCUUUACUGGGAUCAUUGUAAAAAGUAAUUUCAUCACUCUGAAUUAAAUACUGGUGAUCCAGCUCUGACUGACAAUGAAACCACAGAAAUUUUAGAAGUUUCUUACUGCUGCAUCUGCAGCAGGACAAGAAUUCCUCUGGGAAACUCUCCCACACCUGGAAUGUGUGAGGGAACUGGAAUCCAUGUUCUGGAGAAAAGCCAUCAAAUCUGCACUACUUGAUGUGCCUUCUGUGGCCCAGUGGUCUGGAAGAUUUUAAUUUGGAACUGAAGGGCUUUUAUUCAGCUGUACAAUGAAGUAAGUUUGCUUA